UUUGCAGUUGAAAAGUUAUACAACAUAUAUAUGUAUUCGGAUGUGGAUGUGAAAAUAAAUAGAAACUCAUUUUAAAUGUUUAAGAGAAAAAGUAAACUUUAAGUUUUAAACUUUAAUAAUAUCAGAGAGUAAAAGUUGCAAAAGAAACGAAGUGGGUGUUGGAUGGGAAAAUGGAUGAGUUUUUCAAAUCUCCCCGAUUUGAAGCUCAAAUGGCUAAUGGUUCGUUAUUGGAUAGAGUCACCCCCGAUAUGAUGCAUUUGGUGAAUCCUUUUUGGGGCCGUUUUCCACCCAUGGACACUAAAAUGAAUCAAAUUUUAGGUGUUUUUACUUUUGUAAUUUUUAUUAUAUCAGUUUGUGGCAAUGGUGUGGUAGUCUAUAUAUUUGGUGGUACCAAAUCUCUUAGAACUCCAGCAAAUUUGUUGGUUUUAAAUUUAGCCUUUUCUGAUUUUUGUAUGAUGGCUUCCCAGUGUCCGGCUAUGAUUAUAAAUUUCUAUUAUGAGACCUGGAUUUUGGGACCAUUUUGGUGUGAUAUUUAUGCUAUAUGUGGUUCAAUGUUUGGUUGUGUAUCCAUAUGGUCCAUGUGUAUGAUUGCUUUGGAUCGUUAUAAUGUAAUUGUUAAGGGAGUCUCCGGCCGACCCAUGACCGUAAAGUUGGCCAUUAUGAAAAUUACUGCUAUUUGGAUGUUUGCAACAUUUUGGACCGUAAUGCCAUUGUUGGGUUGGAAUAGAUACGUCCCCGAAGGCAAUCUAACUGGCUGUAGCAUUGAUACCAUGACCAGAGAAUGGAAUCCCCGCUCAUAUUUGAUAUGUUACUCUCUACUGGUUUACUAUACACCUCUAUUUUUGAUUUGUUAUUCUUAUUGGUUCAUAAUAGCUGCAGUGGCAGCCCACGAAAAAGCCAUGCGUGAACAGGCUAAAAAAAUGAAUGUUAAAUCCUUAAGAUCUUCCGAAGAUUGUGAUAAAAGUGCUGAAGCCAAAUUAGCUAAAGUAGCAUUGACAACAAUUUCAUUAUGGUUUAUUGCCUGGACACCGUACUUGAUUAUUUGUUAUUUUGGUCUUUUUAAAAUUGAUGGUUUAACUCCGACCGCCACCAUAUGGGGAGCAACAUUUGCAAAAACUAGUGCCGUUUAUAAUCCGAUUGUUUAUGGCAUAAGUCAUCCCAAGUAUCGAAUUGUUUUAAAGGAAAAAUGUCCCUUGUGUGUUUUUGGCUCGACCGAGGAACCUAAACCCGAUAAUUCUGAUACCAAUACGACAUCACAAGCUGAAACUUCAGCUUAAAUAUUUUAAUCAAAUUUUCAUUAAGGAAGUUUUGAAAUUAUUCAGCAAUGCCAAUAUAAAUGGCCAAAAAGUACAAAAAAUGUUUAAAGCAAUUAUCUUUUAAAAGAUACAAAAAUGUAAAAAAAUAGUUAAAUUAAUAUAAAAACGAAGAAGAAGUGCGAGCAAUGA